AUGAAAGAUGUGACAAUAAGCGCAUCUGAAAAUGGUGUCCUCAAAGACGUGGAAGACUUGAACGUGCUAAGUAUUCAGGGUAUUCAUGUGUCGAUCGACAUUUCGCACAGUCUCGCCGACUGCCGUCACGCGUUCGCGGUGGAUACAACACUUUGCGUAUCAAGUAUUCAGGCAUCGCUGUCUCGAUUGAAGCUUAUGUAUCUCUUAAAGCGUUAUAUCAGUGAGGCUAAAGCAGAGCCAAGGAAUUUGCUGUUUGAUCAAGAUCCAGAGCAGCGAAAGCCUGAUGAAUCCGAGAUUGGUAGCAGAGAAAAUACGUACAGUCAGUGGUAUUGGAGAUUGGGUGCUCAGGUAGACCAUGUCGGUAUUGCAUGCACGGCUGAAAUUAGUCGUCAGUCGGUUCACCGCAGUCAACGAACCAGGGUGGUUGUGGAUAGCAAGAUAGUAAAUUUUGCUGUGGCUGCCCGUGUUGGCAACCAUCAUCCCGCUCGGAACGACCUCCACCCAGCUACAGGAUGCACGAGCUUUACAGAUUUGCAGGCGACUGUGGGUGAUGUCCAGGUUGUGGAGAAACUCCAAAAUGUGAGGCGCGAGAUUCACACUGCGUUCGGUGAAUUCUCGUGCUUACAAGAGCACGCAUUUCUGGGUAUUUUGGUAUGCCUAGAUUUGUCGGAUUUGCAACGUCUUACCGAGGCCAUAAGUGUGUCAAAUUCUUUCAUAUCGGACCAGCAAUCGCUGCCACUUGCGAUGCUGUCGUGGCAUUUAACAAGCUGCUUGGCUAAGUCAUUCCAUGAAGCACAUGCUAAACAGCUGCGAAGCGAGGCUACAAGAAAGAGCUUCACUGCAGAAAUCCCGCUUAUCAUGUCCUGGAUUGACUCAGCGUUGACAGCUUCCCCUUUCCCGCUGCUUUCGGUAUUUUAUCGCAAUUACAGUGAGGCUGGCCUCCCUCGUCAUGUGUUUGCGGGUUCCGUGGAGAGCGUGGACGCUGCCGUGACAACGUCAAGUCUAUACUGCCUCGCUUCACUAACGAACGUGGGUGAUGAGUCGGCCAGCUCAUUCAGCUUAAAGAGCAGGACUAGAGUGAGCAAAUUUGAUGAUUCGACCACAAGAGCUCCAUCUCUACCUGAUGCUGUCCCCUGCGUAUCUUUGGCAACCAUAGAAGUGUCUGUUUUGUUUGGUUGCAUUCGCUUGUUCCUCCCAAGUGAAUUUCUCAUGGAUGGUAUUAUGUUAGCACGGCCAGUAUCAGGGAAUGCAUUUGUCGUGUUAGAAUCAUUGUCAGUGGCAUCUGCCGUGCGAAAUGACAUUUCGCUGGAUGGGCUGGGCUACCCUCCGUUCAACUCGAGGGUCUUGCCGAGGCGAGCCACGGUUCAAGCACGGCGGUUUGGCCAGUCACAGCUGCGGAUCGGAUGUCGAGCCGGAAAGAUUACGGGUCACAUUGCUCAGCUGAAGUUUAAUGAGUUCGUCUCUGCUCAUAAAAUGUGCAAUGAGAUAGGCCCAUUCGAAAGACAUAUCGGUGGUGUGGCGGGACGUGUAGCACAUUUCUCAGAUGUGGUGACCUUUUGGUCGCCGCUCAACGUGACAUGCAGUCUCGAAGAAAAAUCUUUUGCCACAAGUGAAGGUGGUGAUACAGGAGUGAAAUUCUUUGCUACUAUUGCAGUGACCAAGUGGAGACUUGACCUUGACAAAGCAGUGUUUGACGUGUUAUUCAAUCGAGUGUCGGGGGUAAGUAGAGGGAUCAGUGAUUUUAUCCGAUCCAUUGUGAGGCCCUCACAGGUAAAGCCAGUGCAGCGUUCACCAUUACAGAAGCGUUCUCCAGCGCUCAAGUACAUGCACAGACUAGAAAUAUCGUUCACGUGCGAUGGGAUCGAGAUGCAUACUUUUGAUUCGGACGGAGCCAUGCAUGUUCGCAUAGGAGCCAUCGCCCUAGCGCACGACAGUUCAACGCUUUCUGGUUGUGCGUCUAUUCAAAAUUUGGUAGUUGGUCACCGAGCAAUGGAAAAUGCACCGAGCUCGACAGACAUUGCGGUUGCAAUCGAGGAAGUGGUUUUUGGUCCAAAUGCCGAGCCAAGCUUGUGGCAUUUGUCUGUGGAAAACUAUCCCGAAAAGCUGGUUGCCGCGAGGUGGAAUUUUGGAGAUUGUUCAGAUGGAACGCUUUUUCUUGAUGUGCAAGCUGUUCAAUUGCACGUAUCGCAUAAAUUCUUGCAAGUGGUAUCUCGCUUUGCUUACUUAGAACCGACUUUUUUGUUUUCGAAACCCUGUCUAGGAAAAAAAAAGUAG